AUGAUCCAUACAACUCGCCCUCCACCAGCCUGUGAUAUUUACGAGUACCAUCACUGGAUUCUUUUUCUCCGAUUUUACACUCAGGCAGACUUUCUGCAGUGUCGGAUGAAAAGACAUGAAGCAACCUCGGUAUGCACAUACCAGAAUGGCGACCCCUCUCUCGCUCUGCCCCCUUCCACAUCAGUCACCAGCCUAAUCCGGUCCUCUAUUCCAAGCAAACUCGGAGAUGUGUUGUCCUGCUGUUGUCGUGACUCGACUGGGAAGACCAAAUGA